AUGGCUGUGCUGGAUCAGUCCCAGCUGACCAAGGCUGGUGGGGAUGGAGAUGGUGGAGGAGGGAAGGCAGCUGCCAUGAACCCCCAGAGCCCCUCUACAUCCAGCCCCACAGGGUCUUGUGGCCAAGAUUCACAGGGGGUGCAGAGAAGCAAACAAGAGAGCACCCGCCUAGCGCCCCUGGUCAGCCGGCGCAGCUCGCUCGGGGCAGCCCCAGGGAGCAGGCGCUUCUCCAUCAGCUCCUGGAUGCUCCACAGCCGCGUCAGCUUCUCUGAACUCCCCCUCUUCCAGCCCAUCCUCAAGACCCACCUGGAAAACACUUACAGGAUGGGGCCAGAUGAAGGCUGCAAGUUCAACGCAGGGCGGGUGCAGCAGGUGCUGGAGGCAGUCCUGGCUGGGACCCUGGGGACCCCAGCCUACAGCCCGCAGGGCAGUGCCCCCCUGGCCCAGAGCCUGGCUGAGCUGCUGCGCAGCCGAGCCAAGGAGGUGGUGCCACCCCGCUACAAGCUGGUCUGCCAGGUGCUGCUGGGCCAGCAAGGCCAGCAGAGCCUGCUGGCAGCCAGCCGGGCACUCUGGGACCCCGAGAGUGACAGUUUUGCUUCUGCCACUUUCUCCAACGCCUCCCUCUUUGCUGUGGCCACAGUGCAUGGGGUCUACUUUGAGUAG